GCACACACAGGCACACAUUGCGCAGAGCGGUGCCACAGAGGAAACAACCGUGGCAGAAAGAGCCGAGAUGUAGCGUAGCUUGCUGGGACUUCCUGGCCAGCCGUCUGUCACUUUUACAGUGAAGCGUUUGUCUAAUAUUUCCACAAAAUGGGAAACGUCGGCUGCCAUUUCUCCUACAGUUACGAUGUAUGAACGUGUCGCGUAAUGCGACGAAGAAGAGUUGCCUUUGGGAGGGAUACAUUUAUGUUUUGGGACGGUUUUACGGGACUAGCUAGUUGCUAGUGGUGGCUAGCGACUGCUCUGGCUCAUUCGAUCGUAUUUUUGCAAGGAUGCUACGAUGGAUACGACAGCAGCUGGGCCUUGACCCUCCCCAUCAAAGUGACACCAGAACGGUUUAUGUAGCAAACCGCUUUCCCCAGCAUGGUCACUACAUACCUCAACGUUUUGCUGAUAACAGAAUCAUCUCAUCCAAGUAUACCAUUUGGAAUUUUGUCCCCAAGAAUUUGUUCGAACAGUUCAGAAGGAUAGCCAACUUUUACUUUCUGAUCAUCUUCCUUGUACAGUUGAUGAUAGACACCCCGACUUCCCCAGUUACCAGCGGUCUGCCUCUUUUCUUUGUGAUCACAGUAACUGCCAUAAAACAGGGCUAUGAGGACUGGCUGAGGCACAAGGCUGACAAUGAGGUGAACGGGGCUCCUGUGUUUGUUGUUCGAAGCGGAAGCCUGGUCCAGACAAGAUCCAAAAACAUCAGAGUGGGUGAUAUUGUCCGUGUGGCUAAAGAUGAAACAUUUCCAGCUGAUCUGGUGUUGUUAUCAUCAGACCGUUCAGAUGGUACCUGUCACAUUACCACUGCCAGCCUGGAUGGGGAAACUAAUCUCAAGACCCACUAUUCUGUGGCAGAGACGGCUAUAUGCCAGUCCGUGUCCCAACUGGAGGCCUUGCAGGCUGUCGUUGAGUGUCAGCAACCGGAAGCUGACCUCUACAGGUUUGUUGGUCGAAUAACAGUUGCUCAUCAUGGGGAGGAGAUAGUAAGGCCACUAGGUCCAGAAAACCUGUUGCUGCGAGGCGCACGGUUGAAAAAUACCAAAGAGAUAUUUGGUGUUGCAGUUUAUACAGGAAUGGAGUCCAAAAUGGCCCUCAACUAUAAGUGCAAGUCUCAGAAGCGUUCUGCAGUAGAGAAGUCUAUGAAUACUUUCCUUAUCAUCUACCUGGGCAUCCUGCUGUUUGAGGCCGUCCUCAGUACCAUUCUGAAGUAUGCCUGGCAGGCUGAGGAUAAAUGGGAUGAGCCUUUCUACAACCAAAAGACAGAACAAGAGAAAAACAGCAGCCCGAUCUUGAAAUUCAUCUCAGACUUCCUGGCAUUCCUGGUCCUGUACAAUUUCAUCAUUCCUAUCUCACUCUAUGUUACUGUGGAGAUGCAGAAGUUCCUCGGCUCCUUUUUCAUAGGCUGGGAUUUGGAUCUUUACCAUGAAGAGAGUGACCAAAAAGCUCAAGUCAACACCUCAGACCUCAAUGAGGAACUGGGGCAGGUUGAGUAUGUGUUUACUGAUAAGACGGGUACACUAACAGAAAAUGAAAUGCAAUUCCGGGAGUGUUCGAUCAAUGGAAACAAGUAUCGGGAAGUUAAUGGCAAACUGGUGCCAGAGGGACUGACUGAAGAUUCACCAGAUGGCUCUUCACCCAAUUUGGUUGGUGAAGAAUUGUUAUUUCUCAAAGCGGUUUCACUGUGUCACACAGUUCAGAUCAGCUACGACCAACCCGACUGCCUAUCUGGAGCAGGAGACCCAUUCUCCCAUGUUAAUGGCUUUUCGCAGAAUGAAAUGGAAUAUUAUGCUUCUUCACCUGAUGAAAAAGCUUUGGUCGAGGCAACAAAGAGAAUUGGUGUGGCCUUUACGGGUAUCAGUGGUGACACGAUGGAAAUCAAAUCAUUUGGCAAGCCAGAGAAGUAUAAACUACUCCAUGUGUUAGAGUUUGAUGCAAAUCGCAGGAGGAUGAGUGUUAUACUGCAGACUCCUUCAGGUGGCAAAGUACUGUUUACUAAAGGAGCAGAAUCAUCUAUUCUUCCUUUCACCACCAGUGGUGAAAUAGAAAAGACAAGAGUUCAUGUCGACGAGUUUGCCUUGAGAGGGCUGCGGACCCUAGUGGUAGCAUGUCGCCACUUCAGCCCAGAGGAGUAUAUUGAAGUAGACAGGCAUCUAAACAGUGCUCGCACUGCACUGCAGCAGAGGGAAGAACGACUGCAAGAGGCCUUCAGCUACAUUGAGAGAGACCUGCAUCUCCUGGGAGCAACAGGGGUGGAAGACAAGCUCCAAGACAAAGUUCAAGAGACCAUAGAGGCUUUGCGACUGGCAGGAAUCAAAGUUUGGGUGCUGACAGGCGAUAAACAUGAGACUGCAGUCAGCGUCAGCCUGUCUUGUGGUCACUUCCACAGAACCAUGAACAUCCUGGAGCUCCUUCAGCAGCGCUCUGACAAUGAGUGUGCUGAGCAACUCCGUAGGCUGGCUAGAAGGAUAAAAGAGGACCAUGUCAUACAGCAUGGAUUGGUUGUGGAUGGGGCCAGUUUAUCCUUAGCACUGAGGGAACAUGAGAAGCUUUUUAUGGAAGUUUGUAAAAACUGUUCAGCUGUGCUUUGCUGCCGCAUGGCCCCACUGCAGAAGGCAAAGGUGGUGCGUCUUUUAAAAAGCUCUCCAGAGAAACCAAUCACCUUAGCUGUAGGGGAUGGAGCCAAUGAUGUCAGUAUGAUUCAGGAAGCCCAUGUUGGCAUCGGCAUUAUGGGAAAGGAAGGUCGCCAGGCCGUGAGAAACAGUGACUAUGCAAUUGCCAGAUUUAGGUUUCUGGCUAAACUACUGUUGGUCCACGGUCACUUCUACUACAUUCGAAUAGCCACACUUGUACAGUACUUUUUCUAUAAAAAUGUGUGUUUUAUCACACCCCAGUUUUUAUACCAGUUCUUCUGUCUGUUUUCACAACAAACUCUAUAUGACAGUGUUUACCUGACACUGUACAACAUCUGCUUUACCUCACUGCCCAUCCUGGUGUACAGUCUGUUUGAACAGCUAGUUCAUCCACAUGUCCUGCAGACUAAACCAGGACUGUACAGAGACAUUAGCAGGAACUCUCUGCUAUCUUUUCGGACGUUCCUCUAUUGGACUCUCUUGGGCUUCUGCCAUGCCUUUGUCUUCUUCUUUGGAUCCUACAUACUGAUGGGAGAAGACACCACACUUAUGGGCAAUGGACAGAUCUUGCGAGCUAACAGGCAGCUGAUGUUUGGAAACUGGACAUUUGGAACGCUGGUCUUUACAGUUAUGGUCAUAACUGUCACUUUAAAGCUUGCAUUAGAGACUCAUUUCUGGACAUGGAUGAACCAUUUUGUGACAUGGGGGUCAAUAGCCUUCUAUUUCAUCUUCUCUCUCUUCUAUGGUGGCAUUAUCUGGCCAUUCCUCCACACCCAGGAUAUGUACUUUGUUUUUGUUCAAUUGCUGUCCAGUGGCUCAGCCUGGUUUGCCAUCAUCAUCAUUGUCAUAACUUGCCUCUUUCCUGAUGUGGUGAAGAAGGUUUUGUACCGACAUCUGAAACCCACCAGCACACAGAAGAGUCAGUCUCUAUCAGUCGCCCAGGGCCAGGCCCUCAGCUGUGUGGACUCCUUGUGCUGCUACCAACAUGGGCAGAGCGGCUGUUCCCGCCUGGCCCACCUCCUGGAGCAAAUGACCGGGUCGUGCUCUACCACUGGCAACCAUUGCCACACAUCCAGCCGCAACAACAGGUGGGGAGGACGACGACGGCAGGAAAUGAUUUUGAAUCCAGAUGAAAGUCCAUCGCCACAUGGUUUUGAAUAUUCAGCCUGCAGGCCUGAAUGUUUCAGUUCAUAAUGUGGCUCCAGUUCUAAUGUAAGUCUUUGUGCAGGUCACUAGUAGGUCCAGUAUAAGACGAUGGGUAAUGGUCUUUUCAGUGUUCUUGGUGGCUGCUUAUAGCGUGUGGUGAACCUGAGGGGUAUCACUAAUCAUGAUGGACAUCACUGAUGUACUUCCAUAGAUCUAACAACUGUAGUGAGGGGACCAAACCGAAAGCUUCCACUUAUAUCAACACUUAUGUAUCACCCACAAUAUAUUAACUACACCAUAUACCCAAAAUGAUAAGAGACUCAAGUGAGUCAUGAUGGUCACACCUAGCAUGUUGUUGUGAAUAUCUGGCAGCCAGGCCACUUCUAGUAUAGAGGCCUGUCAUGAUAUACGGGCAUGCAGCAGGCAUCAGUAUUACACUAUGUAACCUGUUUUCUGUAUUGGCCAUUCAUUAGUGUUGGUAUAUCUUGACACCUUCUGUAUCUUUGUCUUUACUAUGUAUGCUACGGUCUCCGUCAUGUUUGCUUCCCCCCCAAUUGUUUCUGUCUAAUACGUUAAAUGAAGACAUUACUCUUGAAAUGUCAGUUGGUCUGUUUAGCCACAUUUCAGGGACACCUAUUAUGCACUUUAACGGACUCCAUUAUAUGUGUAACAUGAUGCAGACGUAUACCUUUUCAGAUCAUGUCAUACCUUGUCACAAGAGCACUUCUCCAAGAGGCUAAAUAGGGUCAACUGGUGACUGAAAUUCAGGACUUCAGUGGCCAGAUUUAAUGAAGACAUGAUUGCUUUAUUAUAUAGUGAUGCUAUACAGGUGGUCCUCGGUUUACAGCGUUCUGUGCUUCUAUGAAUAACAUUAAAAACUUUAAUUUUGGUUCAUAAACACAAGGCUCACUUGAAAACGAGUUAUAGUGCGACAGAAUUCACUAUGCGCUUAUUAUAUAUUGGCCACAUUUGUUUGAGUUGCUUAACUAUCAUGGCCAUCGAGGCUAAAGAUCAUUUUGUAACGUCUACUCAGACGUUGCAAGGAUGACUAGGAGGGGUCGAUCAAUAUUUUUACUGCAAAAGCUAGAGAUGCUACUGUUGGCCGAACCAUGCCAAAACAACAUCAGACAACUCAACUGUUCUUAUGUAUAACCAUGACUGCAACACAUAAUUGAUGUGGUCAAAUUACCACCAAGUAGUCAUGGCUUGGUUAACAUCAUUAAUCCAUUAUAAAAGUUCCAACUCUAACCAAGGGUUGACUCUAACCAAGACCAAGGCAAGUUUUCCCAUAGGAAAUAAUGUCAACCAAUUCCAGACACCCAAACAUUUUAACACAAUUUAUAGACAAUAAUUAUAGCUUUACAUGCAAAAAAUUAAACUUUUACUUUUAGCAGAAGAGAUUACGCUUGGAGGCCAAUCACUUUUUUUUGUUGUACAGUUUGACAUGACAUGAAAUGAAGAAAUUAACAUUUAACCAUGGACCAAAAGGACAAAGAGAGGUGGUGUGUAGUUUACAUACCUCUGAAACGACGACUUCUUCUCUUUAAGCCGUAAAAUUGGGAGGUCUUGCAUUCUUGUCUUGGUUAGUGUCCAUCGAUUUCUUUUUUAUUUUCAAGGCAAACUUUAGACAAAAAUUUUUGAUGUUAACCAAAAAAAAACGCAGUAACCGGGGCGGAUGUUAACUGAGGUACCACUGUAUGUGAUUGCGACAUAAUAUUUUUCUAGACCAUUUUGAUACAUCAGCAUAAUACAUACCCAAUGCUGCGCUUUAGUGUGUUAUACACAGUAAACAUAAAACCCAAGUAAGAUAGAAUAAGGUUUUUGUUUGUCUGUCAGCCCUUUACAGCCUCACAUCACACCCUCCUGUCCCUCUUGACCAUCUCGGUAGGAAAACAUAGUUACUGCAGCGCAGGAUGCUGGCCACAGGCGACAACGCAGGUGUCAAAGAAGGUUUCCAUGAUGAACAAACAAGAUAUGCCCCCUUAUGUUUGUCACACCUCUUGGCCCAGUCCAAAUGUCACGUCACUUUCACACACGCACACCUUUUGAAAUGGAAUCUCCCCAUCACUAUCCAAGCUUUACGUCGUAAACAUGACUAUUUUUGGAAGCAUAUAGUUGGUACGACUCUUUAUUGAAUUGGACAAGCUAGAGUAGUUUGAUGAGAAAUCAAAACAGGGUCACAGCCUUAAUGUAUGUUUUUGUUGCGUUUAAAACCUCUUAGGGCAUGUUUAUUUUUUUGUAAUGUUUGGUGGUGCAGGCGCUGGUGGAAUCGUAAUCGUUUUACAGUUUCAAACUUCCUGCAACGGAACAUGAAUGUCCACGCUGUCAUUGCAUGGGAGCUAUUGCUGCCUUGGUGUUGUGUAUACUCUGUAAACGUGUGUGUUGGUGAUCACUGUCCUUGUUCUGAUGUUUGAAAUCCCCAUGAUGUUUUCUGACCACUCCCAUUAAUUAUUCAUGAACUCCACGUCCUCCCCUCCAGCCGUAGGCUUUGUCUUGUCACAAAUCUGCCUGUCCCGUUUUCUUCUUUUUGGGGGUUCAUGUCCUCACAGUGUGUCCUUUUCCGUGCUUUAUUACUGCUAUUGUUUUUAUUCUGUCCUGUGGAUCAGCGUUGUUAUUGGUUCCGAGAGGUUUCUGUUGAACCCAGUUGUGGUGGACAGUCGCACAAGUGCAUUUGCCUCCAGUCAAAACGUCAUUUGAGUCACCAGCCUAUUUAAAGCCACUGGGUUGGCCUGUUUUCGGAUUCAGCAGGUCUUAAAACGGUUGUCUUCAUCCUAGCAAAGAGACUAAACUGAAGGGUAAAAUUAGUAGUCGGCCAUAAAGCUGAUAUAGUCAUGGAAAAAUGAUUACACCACCCUUGUCCAAACAAAUGUACCUUUUAGUUGUACCAGAUUAAAAAUGGAUCAACAAACUGAAGACACUUGGGUGGUCUAAUCAUUUCUUCCAUGACUGUUUGUUUAGUGCUGAUUGCAAGAAUGUUUUUGGUGCCUUUUUUUUAACCAUCAUUUCUCUUUAUCAUUGCUGCUUUCAUUUUGGGUUGAGUAGUUUGAAGUCUCCUCUCUAAGAAAAAGACAAUUGAGUAGGUUGUUUACUAUAUUGGCACUUUUUCAACAGCCGUCAAUCCUAAAUGGUAAAUACCACAUCCAUUUUGGAUGUCUCUAAAGGUAAAAUCCAAUCCUAAAUCCUUGAUGCGGACUUCUUCUUACACCCUGGUGAGAUCAAAUUCAACAGUGGUUCUCACCUGGCCCCAUGGAGAGUUAUUCAGCAGUUGCGUUUCUUUGUUUGUUUAGUUUAUUAGUUCAUUUCAAACAUGAAAAAAAAUACAACAAAACAACCAAAAUCAAUACAAAAUAAAAGAAAAUAUAUAUGUAUAUAUACGUACAGUAUGUAUAUAUACGAAAGGGAGUGGGAAGAAGUCAAAACUUAUCUAGUGCCACCCCACUCACCACCCAAAUUCCAACCUCAUCCCAACAAAAACAUGCAUUAUUCCUUAUCAACACAGGAAAACCCCAAAAAAUGCUCAUAUAUUAAGUCAGCAAUGUGUAGGGUGCGUUAUUUGGGGACUCGAUUUAGUGGAAUUAUACAGUAUUACAGUAAUACAUGGAUGGCCAGUGGACUAGUUUGUUCUGUGUAAUAUUGUUCAAAAACCAAGUCAUCUGUGUGAAAAUGUUCAAAUCAUUUGGCAAAAGUUGGGUGUUUGAAAGCAGAGGUUGGAAUAUGUAUUUGGAUUUCUGCUUGGCAUCUUCUGAUUUCAAAAUAAAAGAAUAUAUUUAAAUAGAAUUAAGAAGAAAUUGGUGAAAUAUUUGCUCAUCAUAUUAUUUAUGGACAUAUGAAUGAGGCGGGACUUUUUGUACUCAACUGUCAUCAUAUGAAAUUAUUCACAAUGAUUCACUGAUCCAUUCAUCAUUGUCACAUCCUGUUCCUGCCUGCUGGUCGGGGUCAUAAUGACUAAUUAACAGACAACCGUGUGUUAACUAGUCCUGCCGACCCCCCCACCCCACCCGCCACCCCCCACCCCACCCUGCCACAACUUGGGCCUCCUAACGCUU